ACUACCCAUUUCCGUUUCCGGACAAUGGCGGGAUGUUUUCUGGUUUGAUGUCUUCGUCGUCUGUACACGCCUUUGUUCUCGUAUGCAAGGGUCACUCUUUCACCUUAAAUCUAAGGUGGUAACUUGUAUGUGAUUGUGAGCUUGCCGGCGCUCAAUACCCCCACGAUGGAGGAAAUAGUGGGCAAAGUAGGAAAUGUUGUCUUCGAGCUGGAGAUGGCCCUGGAGCAACAACUCGGCGCGCUGCCGCUACCGUUCCCUGGUAUGGACAAGUCCGGAGCAGCCGUGUGCUGCUUUUACGUGCAGGGAAACUGUAGCAAAGCAUCUGCAUGCCCUUUUAGGCAUGUUAAAGGGGACCGAACAGUGGUCUGUAAGCACUGGUUGCGAGGUCUUUGCAAGAAAGGAGAUCAAUGCGAGUUUCUCCACGAGUUCGACAUGACGAAAAUGCCAGAGUGCUACUUCUAUUCUCGUUUCAACGCGUGUAGUAACAAAGAGUGUCCAUUUCUGCACAUAGAUCCCGAAGCGAAAAUCAAAGAUUGUCCUUGGUAUGACCGAGGCUUUUGUCGGCACGGCCCGAACUGUCGCCAUCGACACACACGACGCGUCAUGUGCAUUAACUACCUUUGCGGAUUUUGUCCCGAUGGACCUGAGUGCAAAUUUAUGCAUCCGAAGUUUGACUUACCCAUUCAGGAUCCAGCACAGCAAGCGAAGAAGGCCAACAUUGUAUGCCAUUAUUGCGGUGAGGCAGGACAUAAAGCAAUAUCCUGCCACAAAAUGCCGGCUGAACUGCGGGAAGAGCAGCAGCACACUCGUAUGCAGUUCCACAAUCACUAUGGUGGAAUGCACCGACGUGAUCACGAAGACGGCGGGGGCGCAAACGCUGGUGGACAACGAGGCUUUAGACCACUGGAUCAAGUUACUUGCUACAAGUGUGGGGAGAAAGGACAUUAUGCCAACAAAUGCCCGAAGGGACAUUUAGCUUUCCUUAGCAGUGCACUUCAAAACACACCGAACGUGUAGGCAUGUUAGUGUGCAUCAGUACAGAAAUGCUUGCAUCAGAUGCAGUAUGUGUCACUGCAUCAGAUGUUCAGUUUCCUUUUUCCUGUAAACCUCUCCAUCAAGUCCUCACAUUUGAAUGAUUGCACUUGACUACAAAGACCAGGGAGAGAGUAUGUCUGUUCUCAUCACAAACAUAUUGUCAGUCAUCGUGUAUGCAAGCGUAAAAUUUGACAUGCCCUUUGCCAAAUUUUGCUAGACAUUUGCCUGUGAUGGUCGAAGUCAAAACUUUAUUGCAAAGGUGGUACAGCACCAAGGAACUCUAUACCAGUGGAGUUAGGCACGCAGACAAACUUGUCUGCUAGUUGUGUAUGCGUGGCCAACUCUGCUGGUUGAUUGUCCUUUGCAGUGGAGAUGUUAACAGCUUCCUGUAUGUAUAAAUUGAGUGCGUGAUGUUUUACUGAUGCAAAGUGCAUUGCACUUCACCAGUUUUCAGUCCUCUUUGAUACCAUUUUUUUUUAGUAUUACUUUUUGUUUAUAGGCAUACUGGAAUUAAGUGCCACACCACUGUUGUAAAUGCUUGAUUGUGUGAAUGAGAUGUUAUGGUUGAACCUAUAGGCACUGCAAAGUUGCCAUGAUUGUCUGGAACUGUGCAUGAAAUGCCCGUGGUGUGAAGUGUCACUUUGAAGUGUAUUGCCAGAUGGGUUGGACACAAAAGCGGACAAGGCCAGGGUGUCGUUACACCUUGUUUACAACAAAUAAUUUUUGUUUUCUUGCUUGAUACUUGGAGAAAGCUGUACAGAAAGCUUUCCCAAGUUUUACUGGUUGCCAUCUGUGUUUAGUACACAAGGUUCUUGUGCUUCCUGCAGAUACUUGGUUUACAUUUAUUUCCAUUCACAUUUUCUUGCUAAGAUCAUGCUUUUGCAGUUUAGCACCUGAAUUCCAGUAGACAUGCAUGAGUUUGUAUAUCAUCCAGCCAAUGAACACUGAAGCCUAUGGGAAUUCACCACUACCACAUGCAAAUCCUCAGUGACAAUAAUAGAGUUGUUGGUCAUUAAGUUGAAAACUUACAAAUGAUCAUUGAGAGCAGCUUUUGGCAUUGCAUGUUAAACAUUCAAAAGAAAUAGCAUUUUGAAAUUCUGUUACAUGUAAAACAGUACUGAAUUUGUAGUAAAAUAUUGACCAUGGCACAAUUUUUCGGAAUUCUUGCUCUCUAGAUGAAAUGACAGCUGUGCAGACUGUCAGAUAAAAAAAAACCUCCACUUUGCUUUUCUUCAUGGCUUUUUUGUUCAUGUAUUGGUGUUUGCACCUUUCCUUUUUUCUUUACUGUGUGUCUAUAAUGUAAAUGAGUGGUCUUUCAGGAUGGUUCAGUGCCUACAUGGGGUAGAACUGAUCAUCACUAGUGUGUAUCGCUAAUGGUUACAUAUAGGGGCCUGCAAGCCCAGGCUAGUGUGCUGUAUGCAAUUCCACGGUAUACAACCAUUUAUUGAGAGUGCACAUUUUUGCAACUUUGUGCUGAUGCCAGUUCAAGCGGGCCUGGACACUUCCCAGAAUAAACAUUGGAGGUUAGCACAUAGGUUUGUGGAGAAUUACACAUGCAUUACACACACAACAUUGUCAUUUGUCUCUGUUUGUAAGACUGUUAAGGCAUGCAUGUGUAAGCGUGCCUGUUGCCUUCACCUUGUGAAUGCAUUUGUCAAGUCUUUGCCACCAGGUUGUACAUGAGGAUUUCUGCCUCGCACUGUAGACCCAUGAGGCAAGAAAAGGUUUUUUGGCAACAAGGUGGAACAUCCUGGUUUUCUGCUGUUGGGCUAGUUUGUACAUGGUGUUAAAAAGAAAAGCAGUGCAAAAAGCAGGACAAGAAAGAGAGACGCUGUCUCGUUGUUUCUGUCUGUCUUUCUUCUUCUGUUUUUUGCAGUGUUUUCAUUCUUAAUAGCAUUGGUGGCACCUGUGGUCAGCGUCAGGUUGAGAGUGCAGUGGUGUAAAUUCCCCUCAAAGUUAACAUAUACCAGCAAAUCAACUCAUCUGAUUUUACAUUCAUUUCACUCCCUGCAGUCCAUGGCCUGUGCCUUUGCCUUAUUCAGGCAAAUUGAAUGCGAUUAGUAGGUGUUGAAUAUUGAAUCGAAUAUUGAACAAACGCAGACUCGUAUAUGUACAGCAGGAAUAUUUAUUUUGCUAUAAUUAGGCACCACACCUGUACUGACUAGUGCCAAGAAACAGCCUUAUUAUCAGGGAUAGAUAAUCAGUUUGAAACACAAGAUCACAAUUGGUCAUUAAAGAAGCUGCAUGAGCAGCCUUCCAACAACUUUAAAACCUGGUCGCAAACAAACUUUCCGAGAAAAAAUGGCUACUGUUACAACUAGUUUUCCAAAAAUGCUAAAUAAAUGGUUACUGAAAUAAAGAUUGGAAGUGGUGGAAAAGGAAAAAAAAAAAACUGCUGAAGGACUCCUGUGCUGUAGAUACAUGUAAUAGGGCCUGUUUUAGGGAAAACAAUGGAGGUUGUAGCCUAACAGAUAAAAGUGCUACAUGCCUAAACUGGAAAACACUAAUGACAGACUACAAGAAACAGUCACAGGUUGUGUACGCUUCUGCCGCGAAGCCAUUUGUGGUUGUCUUAACUUAUAAUGAUUUGUUUAACGGAUGCAGAACAGUAACCAAACUAACAUUCAGCUGUGAAACGUUUGGUUAGUUUCGAUAUUCGAAAUUAUCGAAGAGUUUCUGUUCUUAACAUAAAUAGUUUAUGGUAUUCGAUGCAUAUUCUAAAUUUAAAAUAUUCUCCCACCUUUAGUUUUCAGAGAGCACAGAGGGAGGGAAAGGAGGCAUGCAGUAGUAGGAAGGGCCUCUCCUAUUUUAAAACGAUAGCUUUUAAGGGCCCAAUUAGACAGAAGAUACAGUGGUGGCAGCGUUGUUUGUGUCUUGGACAUGAGUGAAAACUCCCAGUGGAAAUAAAAAUUAAUGAAAUUUUUCGACUGGUCAGAGAAUGUUUGCAUUAAUGCCAAGUUUUUCAGGGAGGUUCCUGUAUCCAAAGGAAACUAAUUGAGCUGAAAAGAAAAUUGUGUUUCGGUGGAAACCGAACCCAGGACCUUGGGAAUGUGAAACAGCCACGAAGGCUCAUUGGUUCAGGUGUGUUAGAGGUGGUCAUAGUAAAUGCUUUGUGGUCUUUGACUCGGUAAAGUUUCUUAGAAAAAUGUACUGUUGUGUGGACGGUAAUUAUGUGUAUUGUAAUUAAGAAAGGGCUAAUUAGGCUGAAGUGAG